CAGAGUCAGAGAAGGGGGGUGAUGUUCCACCAUCUUUUGUAAAUGCAUGCGUCGGGCAGGGGCUGCACAUUGUGUGGCUAAAUAAGUGAAGAACCUGCAGUGUCCUGCGAACUAUCCAAGCAGGGGAUAACAUUUAGCUGAGCAGUUCCUUUGCCCAUGCAGCUGUGGGCUGUGGACCCAAAGCCUUUGUUGUGGCUCAAACUUGAAGUAUCAGUAUGAGGCAGGAAUAGCACGCCGUGGCCUCCGAUUAGUCAAGGUUAGGGUUCAUGCCAGUCGAUGAUGCGGCAGAAACAGCGGCAGAGGCAGAGGACAGACCAUACAGCCCCUUCAAUGUAGCCACUGACAUGCCCUCGCAGACAAACCAUGCGGAAGCUGACCGAAACCAUUACUGGCUUGGCAGGAUAUUGGUUUUGCAUUUGGCCAAUCAAAUUCUUUACAUCGGUCCUCAUUGGUACUGUUCAAUUCUGAUGUUGAUGUUCAUUUUGGGUGUUGGCUUUUUCCAUUGCUCCACAGUCGCUGGUGCUGGGGCUCUUCAACUUUCCGGAGGUCUUGCAGUUACACUGCUAUCACUUUACACAUUCCUUCGCUGCGCUCUUGCAGACCCGGGAAUUUUGCAAAAAAGCCCAGAAGGCGAAGAUCAGCUACCAUCCGUCAGAGCCAGGACGUGUGGAAUCUGCCAAAUUGUACAACCACGCGGGUGCCAACACUGUCAUUUCUGUCAGGUUUGUGUGGAGGGCUAUGACCACCAUUGUCCUUGGAUGGGCAAGUGCAUCGGCAAGAAGAACUUGUGUGCCUUCUAUACCUUUUUGACUGUGGCCUUUUCCUCCUUGGGAUACAUUAUGAUCAGUGCACUAGCGCAGCCGCCUACUUAAAGACAGGGCACGCCAUGAAAUCUCGUGGCACACUGGAAUGUUGUAAAUGCGUAAGUUAAUUUGCAUGCAGAUUCCCGUUGGUAUGAUCUCACUGCUGAGUCUUAACAGGGAUUCCCAAAAGCGGAUCCAUGCUGAAUCUGCUAACAAAGACCUCCGAGCUGCUUUGAAUCGCUUUGACGAGUCUGAAGAGUGCCUAGCAGCCCCCUGGCACAGCCACC